CUGUGGCCAAGAGUAGUUGAACAAUGGUAAUGGAGCUAGCAAAGAAAAGGAAGGCUACGAUGCUCAACAAAUCGGGGAUGCUGGUCGUCAUUGAAGUGUGGAAGGCCAAUAUUCUGUCCCUUCGGAGCACUUCCAAGAACUCCCACAUCUACAAGCAAAUGUGUGAGGAGCUGAAAGGCCACGGCGUUAUACUUACGGCGGUCGAAUUGAAAAACCGGAUCAAUAAUCUCUCUCGGAAGUACAGAUCCGAAAGAAACGCCAUGGGGCCCUCGGGAGGAUCACCUUCAUCUUGGGAUUAUUUUGAUAUUCUACACAGCUUUCUCCAUACUUAUAAACAAAACAGCACUCGCGAUUUGAUGGAUGAGGUGAUUGGUUCCGGUAAGUUAAAAGUAAUUUUGACAGUAAAUUUUCGAAAGAAGGAGACUGCAUGGAUCGACUUUCUCUUGUGUUAAACAUCAUCUAGAAAGCUUUCCUUACCAUUUUUAAUUUAUUAAAUGUGAGAUAAGAACUUCCCUUUCAAUUUGAGUCGUACAAAUAUAGUAUCAAAUCUCAUGCAAUGGGUGACUUUAGCGGUGGUCCAAAUGACCUGUUUGGUAUAAUUAUUCUGAAAAGAAUCAAACUGAGACCUUGCAGAAUCAUGCGCGGAACGUGAAUGUAUGUAAAUAACCACUCAGUCUUAGCAUUCAAAUUCAUUUUCAUUGAAGCAGCUUUGGAUUUAUGAGUAAUUUGAGUUGGGUUCUGAUUCAAGAUAGAAUAGAUAGUUCA